UUAUUGUGAACAUCUGAUAUUUUACUUACCAGUUAGAUCGUUUAUAUUGCACGUAUAUAUAAUAUUGCACGUCUCGUUGACUGCUCUGUGUUACUGCAAUGUGAUUGUUCGUUAUUCCAGCUGAAUUUGCGUUAAAGAAGAGGACUUUACUUGCUACCUAGCGAGCUGCCGCUACCCUAUUUUCAAAAUGCUGUCUUUGAGGAUUGGGUACAAUGCCUUAACCACCUCCGGACAAACAUUUUCAUCGGCAAAUAAACUGAGAGCUGCAGUUUGCUCUCUGUGUGACUUUGAGUUUGCCAAAGUACGUGCAAUGGCAACCACCACCACCACGCAACCAGUGGUUAUCCGGAUACCCCGACGAAUGCAGAUACAGAUGGAAAACGAUGACAUGAAACGUAAAAGAGUUCAAAAAGUCAAUACAGUGCGACCCGGCAAGCUCCUGAUAGUGAGCAAGAAUCCGAAACUGAACCAAUCUGUGGGCCACGCACUGGGCAAAUUUGAGCAACCACUGCUUACCUCGAAAGGAUGGAAACACAGUAAGUCAUUCGGGGACUAUUUCACAGUAAAUAACACCAAAGAUGUUGCACCUUUCAUUACAGAACGUCCGCAGGAGGAAAAAGAAGAAGCCACGAGCAAAACGGUAACUUUUAAAUCUUUUAAACUUCUUCCAGAGAUAGUGGAAGCGCUGGCCCGUGACAAUAUAAUUUAUCCUACAACCAUACAGCUGAAAGCCAUACCCAAGAUUCUCCAUGGACAUAACGUUAUUGCUGCUGCGGAGACAGGAAGCGGCAAAACACUGAGUUAUUUACUUCCUAUUAUUCACAAACUGAAGGAAGAAAGGGCUGCAGAGGAAUACAGCCAGCGCGAACCUCAGAUUGGCUGUGUUAUACUUGUGCCCUCCAGAGAGCUAGCAGACCAGGUGACAUCUGUGGCGAAGGCCUUGUGUAACCCAUUUGGGAUGACGGUGAAAACGGUGGGAGGCGGAAGAGGAGUAGGUGCCAUCAAGCAAACCUUCAGAAGUGGUCCACCAGACAUUUUAGUUGCUACGCCUGGUGCCCUAUGCAAAGCCUUGCGCAGACACUGCUUACACAUGAGUGAGCUCACCUUCUUUGUUGUGGACGAGGCUGACACCUUGUUUGACCCAAGCUUUGUAGAAAUGGUGGAAGACAUCUUAUCCCACACCCAAGUGGCUUCCAGCCCUUUGGAGACAAAAGGCCCAGGCCGUAAAGCACAGCUGGUGGUUGUAGGGGCAACAUUUCCUGGAGGUGUUGAAGACAUACUCAGUCAGGUGACUGACGUGGGUAGCAUAGUCACUAUCAAGAGUCAGAUGCUCCAUUUCCUGAUGCCUCACGUGAAGCAGACCUUUUUGAAAGUGAAAGGGGAAGACAAGCUGUUGGAGCUCCGCCAAGCUUUGAAGGUGGCAGAGCAGGAUGGCUCAGGGGUGCUGGUGUUCUGCAAUGGGUCGUCCACUGUAAACUGGCUGGGAUACAUGUUGGAGGACUUGGGAGUCCGUCAUGUACGGCUUCAGGGUGAAAUGCCAGCUGCUUUGAGGGCAGGCAUUUUCCGAUCUUUCCAGAAAGGGCUUGUGAAUGUGUUGCUUUGUACUGACAUUGCUUCCCGGGGCCUCGACACACAGAGAGUGAAACUGGUCAUCAACUAUGACUUCCCUGAGUCUCACACGGACUACAUCCACCGUGCAGGGCGAGUAGGGCGGGCUGGGAGCAGUAUGGAUGGGGCUGUCCUUAGCUUUGUCACUCACCCAUGGGAUGUGGAGCUGGUACAGAUGAUUGAGACUGCAGCCAGGAGGCGAAGCAGUUUGGCCGAAGUGAAAUCUGCUUUCCGCAAGCCUGCACCAAAAAACAUGAACAGCAACUGAUGAAUCCACGUGAGGUAUAUGUUUAUGGUAACACACACUUGUCUUCAGAAUCAGAUCUCCAGCCUUUAAAUUUAUUGAUCCAUAUGACAGAUGUUGUGAGGUUUAUUUAAUCUAAGUAAUCCAACCUAACUUACAGUGUCAAUGUGAUGCCACAGCACAAAGCUAGUAAAAGAUAAGAGUAAUGUAAUCACUGCUAUUUUCAAAUG